AUGAUCCUGGUCUUUGAUCAGUCUGAACAGCUUGACAGUAUGGCGUCAGGACAGGGUCCAUCGCAAAACUCUGCGCUCAGAACGUCGCUUCCGUCUGCUUUCGCCGCCGUCAACGCCGAACAAUCCUCGCUGUACGCGCCGCCGUCCCAAGAAGAGCAGGAAAGGUAUCUCCAAGCUCGACCAGGUGCAACGCCGCAGCACUUAGGGAUCGCUCUCCAACAUGCGCACCAGAUCCAAACCCAGAAAGAGGCCGAGGACAUGAUCCUAGACCGCAUAAUUGACCUCCUCGCGAUCCCCGCAUCCCCGUCCGCCGACCCUGCUGCGCCCUCUACUGAAGAAGAGCAGAUCUUCAGAUCAGCCAUGAAAAGUUUCCGCCCGGGCGAUUUUGACAAUCUGAUCACGGAGCGAAACUACGAAGACCUGUGUGGAUAUGGACUCUGCCCGCGCAAGAACCGCAAGGAAGCCAACGCAAAGGGAGAGACGUUUCACUUUAAAUAUGGUCCAAAGGGAAGCGGACCAGGUGGUCGUGGACGCAGCAUGGAGAUUGUGCCUCGAGAGAAAUUGGAGAAAUGGUGCUCGGACGAAUGUGCGGAGCGGGCUCUGUUCAUUCGUGUGCAGCUCUCUGAGCAGCCGGUGUGGGAGAGACGGGCAGAGGCGACACGCGCGAUAAAGAUUGAGCUUUUGGAAGAGUCCUGGGCUAGAAAAGAAAAGCAUAAGGCAAAGGCUGGCAGCUCGACGUCUGCUUCAGCACCCGAUAAAGUCAGCCAAGCGGACGUUACGACUAGCUUGGAAAACUUGACGAUCCAAGAUACUGGGCGAUCGCAGGAACUUGCAAUGGAGCGCGGCGACACUGCGCUAUCCCAUCAACAGGGACGUGUGGACAUCCAAAUUAAAGAAAAGGAGCAAGGACCAGACUCAGUCGCCAGAGCGCCGGAGCUGAGACCCGAGGAUGCAUAUGGAGGAUCGGUCGAAGGUUAUAUCCCCCAGGAGCGGCAGAAGCAACCGUCCGAUAAUCAAGAUGGUCAAGACAUGCUCGACCAACUAUAA